UCAGAAGACUCCAAAUGAACCACAGUUGGAAUUCAUCCUUGCAUGCAAGGAUCUUGUGGCUCCUGUUCGUGAUCGAAAGCUGAAUACACUGGUGCAGAUCUCAGUAAUCCACCCCGCGGAGCAGGGUCUGACAAGAUACUCAAGCACGGAAAUCGUGGAGGGAACAAGAGACCCACUGUUUUUGACUGGUGUCACAUUCCCAUCGGAGUAUCCCAUUUAUGAGGAGACCAAAAUAAAGCUAACAGUCUAUGAUGUCAAGGAUAAGUCUCAUGACACUGUUCGAACCAGUGCCCUACCUGAACACAAGGAUCCGCUGCCAGAGGUUGGGCGAAGUUUCCUGGGCUAUGCCAGUUUUAAAGUGGGAGAGCUACUGAAGUCCAAAGAGCAACUGCUAGCCCUGAGUCUGAGAACUUCAGAUGGUGGCAAAGUUGUUGGCACCAUAGAAGUCAGUGUCGUGAAGAUGGGGGAGACUGAGGAUGGGGAAGCCGACCACAUCACGACAGAUGUGCAGGGACAAAAGUGUGCACUGGUGUGUGAAUGUACAGCCCCAGAAAGUGUGAACGGGAAAGAUAACUUACCUUUUUUGAAUGCAGUGUUAAAGAACCCAGUGUGUAAAUUAUAUAGAUUUCCGACAUCUGACAAUAAGUGGAUGCGAAUCCGGGAGCAGAUGUCAGAGAGUAUACUUUCUUUUCAUAUUCCUAAGGAAUUGAUUUCUCUUCACAUAAAAGAAGACUUGUGUAGAAACCAGGAGCUAAAGGAACUUGGUGAGCUUUCUCCACACUGGGACAAUCUACGGAAAAAUGUCCUUACUCACUGUGAUCAAAUGGUGAAUAUGUACCAAGAUAUUCUGACAGAACUUAGCAAGGAAACAGGGUCCUCUUUCAAAUCAAGCAGCAGCAAAGGAGAGAAAACAUUAGAAUUUGUUCCAGUAAACCUACAUUUGCAAAGAAUGCAUGUACACAGCCCUCACUUGAAAGAUGCUCUCUACGAUGUCAUCACUGUAGGAGCCCCAGCUGCCCAUUUUCAGGGAUUUAAGAAUGGUGGUCUUCGGAAACUACUCCAUAGAUUCGAAAUGGAAAGAAGAAAUACUGGAUACCAGUUUAUUUACUAUUCACCUGAAAACACAGCCAAAGCAAAAGAAGUUCUCAGCAACAUCAAUCAACUACAACCUCUGAUAGCAACCCAUGCAGACCUCCUGCUUAACUCUGCAAGCCAGCAUUCUCCAGACAGCCUGAAGAAUUCUUUAAAGAUGCUUUCAGAAAAGACAGAGCUUUUUGUACAUGCCUUCAAGGAUCAGCUGGUCAGAAGUGCUCUUUUAGCCCUCUACACUGCCAGGCCAGGAGGUGUCCUUAAGAAACCACCCUCUCCUAAAAGCAGCACAGAGGAGAGCUGUCCCCAGGACCCGCCCCCACUGAUGAGAAGGCAAGACUCCAUACCACAUCAUUCAGACUAUGAUGAGGAAGAGUGGGAUAGGGUGUGGGCCAGUGUGGGGAAGAGCCUGAAUUGCAUUAUUGCCAUGGUGGAUAAACUGAUUGAAAGAGAUGGUGGCAGUGAGAGCGGUGGUGACAGCAGCAAAGAUGGAGAAAAAGACCCUUCUCCAGUGGACUCCAUCAUAACUCAUCCAAGGGAGGACUGGUACGAACAGUUGUAUCCCCUCAUCCUUACCCUGAAGGACUGCAUGGGAGAAGUGGUGAACCGAGCCAAGCAGUCCUUGACAUUCGUGCUCCUUCAGGAACUUGCAUACAGCUUGCCUCAGUGCUUGAUGCUGACUCUGAGAAGGGACAUUGUCUUCAGCCAAGCGCUUGCUGGAUUAGUUUGCGGUUUUAUCAUCAAACUACAUACAAGUUUGCAUGACCCUGGCUUCCUACAGCAGCUCCACACAGUGGGGUUGAUAGUGCAAUAUGAAGGACUGCUAAGUACAUAUAGUGAUGAAAUCGGAAUGCUAGAGGACAUGGCUGUUGGCAUUUCAGAUUUGAAGAAAGUUGCAUUUAAAAUAAUUGAAGCCAAGUCCAAUGAUGUCUUGCCAGUUAUCACAGGAAGGCGUGAACAUUACGUGGUAGAGGUGAAGCUUCCAGCGAGAAUGUUUGAGGCCCUGCCCCUGCAGAUUAAAGAAGGGCAAUUGCUUCAUGUGUAUCCAGUACUUUUUAAUGUUGGAAUCAAUGAACAACAAACUCUUGCUGAGAGGUUUGGAGAUGUCUCUUUGCAGGAAAGUAUUAAUCAGGAAAAUUUUGAACUUCUAAAAGAAUAUUAUGCAAUAUUUAUGGAAAAGAUGCCUCCUGAUUAUAUUUCACAUUUUCAAGAACAAAAUGAUUUAAAAGGAUUACUAGAGAAUCUCCAUCAAAAUAUCCAAGCCAAAAAAAGGAAGAACGUAGAAAUCAUGUGGCUGGCUGCAACGAUUUGUCGCAAACUAAAUGGAAUUCGUUUCACCUGUUGCAAAAGUGCCAAAGACAGGACAUCCAUGUCGGUGACUCUUGAACAGUGCUCCAUCUUGAGAGACGAGCACCAGCUGCACAAGGACUUCUUUAUCCGAGCACUGGAUUGCAUGAGAAGAGAAGGAUGCCGCAUAGAGAAUGUUCUGAAGAAUAUCAAAUGCAGAAAGUAUGCUUUCAACAUGCUACAGCUGCUGGCUUUCCCCAAGUACUACCGACCUCCAGAGGGGACUUAUGGAAAAGCUGACACCUAACUUUACCAACAUGUAAAUACCCAGGAACACAAUUACGCUUCAGUCGGAUAAUCUCCACCUUUUUCACUGUUUUAUUGUCAUGAGUUUGUGGAGGGAGGUGAUCAGAGAUGUUUGCCCAAAUCUAGGAAUUACUCAAAUUAGAUCUUAGCAUAUUACUCUGAAAGAAAUCCAUUUAAAAAAUCUCCAGGAACAUUGUGAUUCUAGGUCUCCCUUCUACGCAGUGCCUCUCACAGGUUGCAUAGGCCGAGGUCAGCUCAGGAUGUGUACAUUUCAUGCACGGCAUCCUUUCGUGGAAGGUACUCAUUCAGAGGAAACAUAGGUUGCUGCAGGAAGAAUACAGGUGACUCACAGAGGGGUGCUUGAUCUCCAACAUGAACACAGGAGAGUGUAAAGGAGAGAGGGAUUUGGACAUGGUAUUUCACAGCCUUUCUCACGAGUGACCUGAGAGCCCAAUUGUGGGAUUUGGAAAAUAUUUUUCUAGGGAAUUAAAAUUCAUCCAGUAGCAUCAAUGCAUGACCUUGACUGCAGAAGUAGGUUGCAGGUGUGCCUUUUAAAGACUACGGUCCUCCAGACGAGAUGUGGCCAGUCCUCCGGAACAGGUAGAUGACGGUGUUAGCAACUCAGUGGAGAUACUUUUCUGUAACAUGGUAUCUUUUCCAAACUCUCAACUCUGGUUGUCUGUGCCUGUUAUAGAAGUGGCGAUAGAGAAAAGUUGAAUAGUAUAGUAGAAAAGUACCGCGAGAAACUGAAACUGCGAGAAAACAAAAGCUGAUCAGCCUGCUGAUGUUAAACAUGAAAAUCCUCAUCAGCCUGAACUUUAUGCAGCCAAGUUCGUAAAAGUCAAAAAAGUAUCUUUGUGAUGUUUUCCAAUAUAGGUAGUGGAAUAUAGAAUCUACAGAAUGUGGAUGAUGGAAGUCUGCAUUGUCUGGGGUAGAUUACUAUGUGUGAAUAAACCUGUUAAGGCAUACGCAGCCAUAGCUAAUGAGAAACCAAAACAAUUAUUUCUGUUCACUUCAAUUUGCAAUUUAUUCACAGUGAAAUCACACCAUCAAGGGUUUUCCAAAAUUCCAAAUUAGUAAUUGCUUUAGAGAUUAUCUCGUAUAAUGUCAUUAUAAAUGGGUAUAUUAAAGCACAAGGAAGAUAUGACCCCAAUCAUCCAGCUAGAGAAUUUUAGAACCAUGAUUACAAUCUCUUCUUACCUUCCUAGCCUGUGGCUUGUCUGGUUUCCAAAUUGCCAUGCUAAAAAUGCUUGAAAAUUAUGGAAGAGUGCUAGUUAGUUAAAUAAAAAUUGGCAUUUAUUGCUGGAAUUAAACCGUAGAGUACGACGGUCUGAAUAAAUGAAACCUAUUUUCUCCAGAUGUUAAGAGUUUAUUCUUUCUCCUCACUCAUUGGAAGAGUAUGCCAUCCAGAGCAUAAAUCUACCCUUUGGAAAUGCCAGAGGCUUUUUACAUAGAUGUCUCUUGGCUGUGACCACAUUCAGCACAUAAUAUUAUGGAGCUUUCCAUAGCUAGUAUGACAGCUUCUUGGCUAAGAUAUGUGUUGACUAAGGACUCCAAACAGAUCUCUGGGCUCAUGUAGAGUUUUCAGGGUAGUACAAAUUUUAGAUAACUGUUUGGGGCUUUUCAGACUAUAAUUAUCAAUCUGUAGUUUAGCUAAUGAUUUGCGGCAUUAUAUUUGAGGCCAUUGCUAUGAAACAAUUCAUAGUCUUCUUAAUAAAAAGUGGCUGUGUACUACAGAUCUAUUCACAAAGUUUUUAGUAUUCUCCCUUAUAUUUCAUUCUCCACUUCAAUGAUUAAAUAUUAAUUUUAAAAUAUUCAGUUUAAUUUGAAAAUGGUAGGAUUUGUGGUUAUUUUCAUUAUCCCAUUGGAUUUAAGGUAAAGAGGUUAGAAUGACAGAGGUUUCCUUGAAUAACAAAGAAGCCUCAUUCAGUAUGCCAAGGAGUGAUCUGAGUUUGGAGAGACCUUAAGUGAAAAUUCUAUAAACAGUAUAAAUUUUGCCUAUAUUUUUAAAAGUGAAAACACUUGCCUCAAAUCUGGAAAAAAAAAU